AUUAAUAAAUUUUAUUUUCGAUAUAAUUUUAAAAAAUUAAUUUAUUUGCUGACGAGGCAGCGCGGAAACCACCGCCGCCGCCGCCGCCGCCGCCUACUUGCUCUUUCUCUCUCAACGCCGUCCGACGGACUGCAUCGAGAAACGCCGACUUAUAUAUAAUCAUAGAAUGCAAAAACAGUCACAACAAGAAAAAUCUUCGAGUUACGAAUGAUGUUGUUCUUCAGCCGAGAAAAUUAAACCAAAGAUAUUUCUUGACUCUAAAGGAUCACCUCCAAGAAGAGACACUGUUGUCGAUUGUUGUUAAUCUGGUAGAUUCAUUGCGGUUUUUGGAGCCUGCGGGGAGGAAUAUUUGGGAUUCUUGACUCUGCACAGGAGUGCAUCAAUGCGGUGUUGUUUAUAAGUUUGAAUGGAUGUAUGGGAAAGGGAGAAGAAAUCUGCAGGGAAGCAGCUUGGAGUGAGUUCAGAAAGACUACCACUUGGUCCUGCCUAUAACAAGAAUGGAACUACUCGUCAGGCCAGAGCUCGGGUUAUACAAUCGACAGUCGUGGGUCCAAAACGCAGUCCAUCACCCAAUGGCAGACGGUCAUCACCAAACUCAGCAACAUCAGUUGAAAAGAGGGCUACAUCAUCGACUGAAAGAAAGAGCCCUUCUAGACUAUCAUCACCAUCAUCUCCAUCGACACCUGUUGAGGAUUCGUCUGUUGAAACAAUGCUGGUGGCAAGAAAGAUAGUAGGGAGCAGAUUACCAGAGUCCUUAUGGCCUUCAACAAUGAGGAGUCUCAGUGUUUCUUUUCAAUCCGACACGAUUUCUAUUCCUACUAGUAAGAAAGAGAGGCCAGUUGUGAAUUUGCAUUCUGAACGUGCUCUGAGGCUAUCGUCGAAUGUUGCGCAUAGACCAGCUGAAAUUUCUGCUUCAAGGAAGCUCACGCCUGAGAGGAAGAGGAGUCCACUUAAAGGAAAAACUUCGGCCAAUCAGUCGGAGAAUUCUAAGCCUGAUAAUAGUUUAAAUCCUCGUCUAACAGAUCAGCAUCUAUGGCCUAGCAGAACAACUGGGAAAGUGUCCUCAGCUACUAAGUCAAGAAAACCUUCACCUAUAGUCAGUUCAGGAACAGUAACACCUUCUCUCAGGAGAUUAUCUCUGGAUGGGAUGAUUAGAUCUUCACAAAAAUCAGCUGAGGACUCGUUUAUAUCUUGUGAUGAUACUGAAGAAUGGAUGUCAAAUGCAUGCUCAGACAACAGUUAUUCACUGCGAAUGCAAAAGCCUGGCUGUUCAAGUUCAUCAGAUAGAAUGGUAUUGGCUCGUGCUAUUGGGAGAUCUUCAUCGUUGCCAACUCCUGGAUCACGCCCUGCAUCGCCAUCUGUUUCCAGAGGGGUUAGUCCAUCCCGGAUAAAGGCUGUAAGCUCUUCUUCCCGAGGACCAAGUCCUGCUCCUUCGAGAGGGCCCAGUCCGGCACAUGUAAGACCUAAUAGUCCAUCCAGACAACCACGACAUCCUACUUCUGUUCUUAGUUUUAUGACAGAUAUUAAAAGGGGGAAAAAGGCUGCUAACCAUAUCGAAGAUGUUCACCAACUGCGGAUGUUAUAUAACAGGCUUUUGCAAUGGAGGUAUGCAAAUGCAAGAACUGACGCUGCAUCGCUAUCUCGAACAGUGAAGGCAGAGAAAAUGAUUCAUAGUGUUUGGGGGACAAUUGCUGAUCUUCGUGACUCGGUAAUGAAGAAAAGAAUUAAUCUCCAGCAACUGAGACUCAAGCUGAAUCUUUAUUCAGUUCUGAACAAUCAACUAACAUGCCUAAACGAGUGGGACUCCAUCGAAAGGGAUCAUCAAGACUCAUUAACUGGUGCCAUCCAAGAUCUUCAAUCCAGUACGAUACGCAUUCCACUCACCGGAAGAGCAAGGGGAGAUAUUGAAACCGUAAGAAUGGCUGUAUGCUCUGUCGUUGAUACAAUGCAGGCCGUAGGAUCCUCCUUAUCUACUUUAUCUCCAAGGGUCGAGGAGAUGAGCUGUUUGGUUUCAGGACUCGCUCAAUUAGCUGCGCAGGAAAGAGCCAUUCUUGUCGAAUGUGAGUCGAUUUUGGGAUCCACAUCUGCAUUGCAGGACGAAGAAUGCAGCAUACGGACCCAUCUUCUACAGACGAAACAAAGUUGGAGACAUCUCAAGUGAUCGAUUUUGUUAAGAAGAGUCGAAGAGUUCUUUUUUUUGGUAAAAAUUGCUAACAGCCUCAAGAAUGAUACAACCCUUUACACGACGACAUCACCACGACAUUCGGCCUUCCGAUCAUCGAAUUUGGGUAAUAUAUUUUCAUCAUCAUCAUCAUACAAUGUGGGUAGUAGUUAGAGUGUGCAUGCCAAAAUAAUACAAGUUUUUUUUGAAAUUAUUAUUUUAGGGAGAAUUGAUUCUAAUAGAAGGAUUGGAAGUCUGUGUUGGGUAUAAAUAUAAUUAUAGUUAAGAUAAGGAGUUGGUCUUCAACAAGAAUUGGGAAUGAUGAUUGAUUAUUGAUUAUUGAAUUUUGAUUGGAAGUUAACAAACUUUAGAAU